AUGAGCACCAGGCCAGUUUCUUCUUUAAGUUUACGUCCAAGCACCCGAACCAAACUGAUCAAAGCUGGCUUUCAAACGAUUAAAGACUUGCAAGAAACCACACUUAUAGAAUUGAGUAAAGAUAAGGUUACAUCAAUUUCUGCAUCAGAAGCGUUACAACAAGAACGUAAACUAUGUCCUAUAUCUACUUCAUGCGAAGCUAUGGAUCAGAUGCUUGGCGGGCGAGGAGUUCCCAUAGGAAAAAUAACUGAGUUCUGUGGUGCUCCUGGUAUGGGUAAAACACAGCUAGGGAUGCAACUUUGUGUUAAUGUUCAAAUACCACAUAAUUUAUCCGGCCCAGGAGGAGAAGCAAUAUUUAUCGAUACGGAAGGAAGCUUUAUCGCUCAUCGUGCUGCUGAAAUUGCUAAGGCAACAAUUACAAAACUUAACGAAAAUACCGUAGCUGGAGAUGAUUCUCUAAUGAACUUUGAGAACGUCAUGUCAAGAAUUUAUGUGUCAAAAGUUCAUAACUGUGAUGAGUUAAUCGCGCUUAUGAAAAUCCUAGAUGAAUUUUUACAAGAACAUCCAAAUGUAAAACUUCUUGUCAUUGAUUCAAUUGCAUUUCAUUUUCGUCAACAAUUUGAUGACAUGGCACUUCGAACGCGACUGCUAAAUGGGCUGGCUCAGGAUUUAAAUAAGUUUGCACAAACUUAUGAACUUGCCGUUGUUUUGUUUAAUCAAAUGACUACAAAAUUUAAAUUAUCUAGAGAUUACAAUGUUAAAGAUCAAGCCGCUUUAGUUCCAGCUUUAGGUGAAAGCUGGGGUCAUCAAUGUACAAAUCGUAUAGUUCUUUAUUGGCGUAAUGAAGUUCGUUGCGCACAACUUGUCAAGUCACCUAAUUUACAAGAAACCACUGUACAUUACCAAAUUAAUUCGGAUGGUUUUCGCGAUUAUCUAUCAAACCUUAAUAAUAAUGGUAAAAGAAGAUGGGAAGAAGAAAAAAUCAUUCAGGAUAAUACUUGA